AUGUGUCAAGGAGCACUGAGGCUGGAGUGCGGUUGGCUGGCUCUGAACUUAAAGUCCAAGAAAAAAGGUCUGAGGUUUGAAGAGAAGAGGGCCCGCAUGAUGGAGAUAUUUUUUGAAACAAAAGAUGUCUUCCAGUUGAAGGAUCUAGAGAAGAUUGCUCCAAAAGAAAAAGGAAUUACUAAGUCCUCAACGUCAAGGAAAGAGAUUCUGCAAGGCCUUGUUUGUGAUGGCAUGGUGGACACUGAUAGAAUUGGAACUUUGAAUUAUUUCUGGGCUUUUCCAAGUAAAGCUCUUCAUGCCAGGAAGCAUAAAUUGGAGGAGUUAGAGUCUCAGUUUGCUGAAAUCAGUCAGAAAAAAGAGGCUUUACAAAAAAGCAUUGAGAAAUCAAAAAUUGGACGUGAAGAUACUGCAGAAUGUGCAGCUCUGCUGAAGGAACUUGCUGCCCUUUGGCAGAAAAAAGAGCAGCUAAAGACUGAAAUAGACAAAUACAGGGAAUGUGAUCCAGAUGUGGUUGAAGAGAUGCGCCAAACAAACCAAGUGGCCAAGGAGGCAGCCAACAGAUCUGGUGUGUAUUGCAGUGACACAGCUUCACACUAG